AUGUGGGAAGUGAUACGGAGUAAACUGGUGGACUUGCAGGCUAGCAAGACCCCAGAUCAAGAACCUGUUAUGUUGCGGAAGUACAGCUGGAAUCACCGGGCAGAUCCUGAGAGACUGUUCACCAAACUAGAGCGGAUCGGAAAGGGGUCUUUUGGUGAAGUCUUCAAAGGAAUUGAUAACCACACACAGCAAGUAGUUGCUAUCAAAAUCAUCGACCUUGAAGAAGCCGAAGAUGAAAUUGAAGAUAUCCAACAGGAAAUAACCGUCUUAAGCCAAUGUGAUAGUCCGUAUGUAACAAAAUAUUUUGGAUCAUAUUUAAAGGGGACGAAGUUAUGGAUCAUCAUGGAAUAUUUGGGAGGUGGUUCAGCCUUGGAUUUGCUCCAAGCUGGGCCCUUUGAUGAAUUCCAAAUUGCAACCAUGCUGAAGGAAAUCCUCAAAGGCUUGGAUUAUCUGCACUCCGAGAAAAAGAUUCAUAGGGACAUUAAAGCUGCCAAUGUCUUGUUAUCGGAACAAGGUGAUGUGAAGUUGGCGGACUUUGGUGUGGCUGGUCAGCUGACUGAUACGCAAAUUAAACGGGACACUUUUGUCGGUACUCCUUUCUGGAUGGCACCCGAGGUCAUUCAGCAAUCUGCUUAUGACUCCAAGGCAGACAUUUGGUCAUUAGGAAUUACAGCCAUUGAGCUGGCCAAAGGUGAGCCACCCAACUCAGACAUGCAUCCGAUGAGAGUGUUAUUUCUUAUACCGAAAAACAACCCACCAACUCUCAGUGGAGAGUUCAGCAAGUCCUUUAAGGAGUUUGUUGACGCCUGUUUGAAUAAGGACCCUUCCUUUCGUCCGACAGCCAAGGAACUGCUCAAGCACAAAUUCAUCAUUAAAAACUGCAAGAAGACCUCUUAUUUAACAGAACUAAUUGACGGGUACAAGAGGUGGAAGGCAGAAGGACACAGUGAUGAUGACUCCAGUUCGGAUGAGUCAGAUUCUGGAAGCAAUGACAAGGACAGCAAAAACUCCAAACCUAUCGAGUGGUCCUUCACCACAGUUCGAAAGAAACCAGACCCAAAGAAACUGCAGAAUGGAACAGACCAAGAUGUCAAGACGUUAUCAGCAUGUUUAUCGACUGUGAUUGCUCCUCUCUUUGCUGAGCUUAAGGAACAGGAAAGAGGCAAUGCAGAGAAGACUGGAGCAAUAAGUGAACUAGAGAAAAGCAUUAACAUGGUGGAAGCAAGCUGCCCAGGCAUCACAGAGAAGAUGAUAAAGAAGCUAAUAGACAGGUUUCAAAGGUUUUCAGCCACUGAUGCAUCUUAAAGACAUUACCACCGACUCGGAUUCCUUUUAAUCAGACUCAACUGCCCAUACCGAGCGACAUCUCCAGAAACAGAACUGAGGUGUCUUCUCACCUCCCUGCAACUUUGUUCUUUCUCAAAACACUCUGAACUCCUCAAUAUUUUUAACAAGGGGUUGCAUCAAAAAAGAACCUGCUGAAGGAAAAGGAAAAGAACUCCCAGUUGACUACAGGAAUGCCUGAAAUAAUUGAUUUUGUUUUUAAACAGAGGAACUGAAAUAGAAAUGUCAAAUCCUAGCACUGAUCUAAGUGCCAUCUUUUAUGGUGAUGUCUGCUUAGAAAAAUGCAAAGCAUUUAUUUGACAGAAAUUCCAAUGAAGCCCAACUGUGAUUAGUCAUAAUGCCUCUCAGAAUUGAGGGGUUUGAUUGUAGAUUGGAGAAAAGUGCCCCUUACCUUGAAAAGCUGGAACAGAUAUUUGAUCCUCCACACACCC